GCAGAUCGGGAGCGGUGCCGAGAAAAAUUUCCUUACUAGAUGACAUUUCAUCGCAAUGUCCGAUCGUUUGGGGCAAAUAACCAAGGGCAAGGAUGGGAAAAGCAAGUAUUCGACUCUCAGCCUGUUUGAUAAGUAUAAAGGAAAAUCAGUAGACGCGGUCAGAUCCUCAGUUAUUCCUAGACAUGGCUUACAGAGUCUCGGGAAAGUUGCCACAGCCCGGCGCAUGCCACCACCGGCAAACCUGCCAAGCUUGAAGUCUGAGAACAGAGGAAACGACCCCAACAUCGUUAUAGUUCCCAAGGACGGCACGGGAUGGGCAAACAAGCAGGAUCAGCAAGACCCAAAGAGUUCCAGUGCGACGGGCUCUCCGCCGCCGGAGUCGCUGCCGCAGCCGGGUUUGCAGAGGCCUGUCUCCAGCUUACAGAAGCCGACACAGUCGAGCAGCCAGGAGAACACAAAUUCAGUGCCAGGUGGACCAAAGUCAUGGGCACAGCUGAAUGGAAAGCCAGCAGGACACGAAGGUGGUUUAAGGGGCUCAAGCCGACUGUUAUCCUUCUCUCCCGAGGAGUUUCCGACGCUGAAAGCAGCUGGAGGGCAGGACAAGGCUGGCAAGGAAAGGGGCGUCUUCGAUCUGUCGUAUGGGCCAGGACCAAGCCUCCGCCCUCAGAAUGUGACAAGCUGGAGGGAGGGCGGUGGGCGAAACAUAAUUUCUGCCACGUCUCUGAGCGCCUCCCCAACUGAGCUGGGCAGCAGGAACUCGAGUGCGGGAGACGGAGCCCCCUCCUCGGCAUGUACCAGCGAUUCUAAGGACCCCUCUCUCCGCCCGGCUCAGCCUGUCCGAAAAGGGGCUUCACAGUUCAUGGGAAAUGUAUACCACCCACCUACAUACCAUGACAUGCUUCCUGCUUUUAUGUGUUCACCGCAGUCAUCAGAGAACCAGGGUACAGUGGAACGAGGAUCUUUUCCCCUUCCCCAGCUCCGUCUUGAACCCCGUGUUCCUUUUAGACAGUUCCAGAUGAAUGACCAAGAUGGAAAAGAAAGCAGGCUGGGAACGACUCGCCCCAUCCGCCCGCUGAGGCAGCUGGUGGGCCGGGCGCCGCGGCCCACUAUCAUCAAUGCUGAAAACCUGAAGGGCCUGGAUGACCUGGACGCCGACGCCGACGACGGCUGGGCAGGCCUUCAUGAGGAAGUGGACUACUCGGAGAAACUGAAGUUCAGUGAUGAUGAAGAGGAGGAAGAAGUUGGGAAGGAUGGCAGGCCGAAGUGGAGCAGUUGGGACCCCAGACGGCAGCGGCAGUUGUCACUGAGCUCCGCGGACAGUGCUGAUACCAAGCGUCCCCAGGAGGAAGGAAAGGACUGGGGCGAAGCGGUGGGUGUGACCCGUGUCGUCCGGAAAGUGCCAGAACCUCAGCCACCUUCCAGGAAGCUUCACAGCUGGGCGUCCGGCCCUGACUACCAGAAGUCCUCGCUGGGCGGCAUGUUCCGGCAACAGUCUCUUGAGGACAAAGAGGACAAGCCACCCCCACGGCAGAAGUUCGUGCAGUCAGAGAUGUCCGAGGCGGUGGAGCGAGCCCGCAAGCGCCGGGAGGAGGAGGAGCGCCGAGCCCGGGAAGAGAGGCUGGCUGCCUGUGCUGCCAAGCUCAAGCAGCUGGACCAGAAGUGCAAGCAGGCUCAGAGGGCGGGCGAGGCCCAGAAGCAGGCAGAGAAGGAAGUGCCCCGAUCUCCAGGCACCGAGAAGCCGCCCCCGCAGGAGAAUGGCCCUGCUGUGCGCAAAGGCUCUCCUGAGUUCUCUGCCCAGGGAGCCCCCAACACGUUUUCAGAAGAAGCCCCCAUGGCUCCUCCAGCUAUGGCCCAGAGCGGCAGCGAGGAGGGGGCCAGGGAGGCUGGGUCUCCUGCACAGGAGUUCAGCAAGUACCAGAAGUCACUUCCUCCCAGAUUCCAGCGCCAGCAGCAGCAGCAGCAGCAGCAGGAGCAGCUGUAUAAAAUGCAGCACUGGCAGCCCGUGUACCCUCCGCCUUCCCACCCACAGCGCACCUUCUACCCCCACCACCCCCAGAUGCUGGGCUUCGACCCCAGGUGGAUGAUGAUGCCUUCCUACAUGGACCCGAGAAUCCCACCCACUCGCGCCCCGGUGGAUUUCUACCCCUCCACCCUCCACCCCUCGGGAUUGAUGAAGCCCAUGAUGCCCCAAGAUUCCCUCAGUGGGGCUGGCUGUCGCUCUGAGGACCAGAACUGUGUGCCCCCGCUGCAAGAAAGGAAGGUGGCCACCCUCGAUCCAGCCCCUGUAUGGAGCCCAGAGGGUUACAUGGCGUUGCAGAGCAAGGGCUACUCGCUUCCCCAGCCGAAAUCGAAUGACACUUUGGCCAUGGACAUGCACGUCAGGAAUGAAAGCUCUUACUCUGCCUCACCCGGAAGGUCAGGGGGCGUAGGCGCCCAGCGCGAUCUCCUUGAGGAGAGAGGGGAGGAGUUCUUGAGUGCUUUUGACAAGAAGGCCCAAGCAGACUUUGACAGCUGUGUCUCUUCUCAAAGAAUAGGCCAGGAGCUUUUGUUUUCACCCCAAGAAAAUGUUCAGGAAGCAGGUGCUCCUGGGGGUCCCGCCCCAGACCUCAGGUGUUCCCCACUGGAACCUGACUUUGCCCCAGCCGAGAAAAAGCCAGAAUAUAGCAACUGGGACGUUAGCCACCCGCCAGAGGCCACUGACACAGCCAACGGCAUCGAGAAGGGGGCACCCCGGGAGGAACCGUCCUUUAACGUCACCUCCUGGGAGAAGGAAGGGAGCCCCAACAAACAGCCAUCCCUGGAGCCCGAGUGGACGCCUGAGCCCCGGGGCCCCGGCAGCCAGCACCCAGAGCAGACCAGCAGGACGAGGAGGUCGGGGCCCAUCAAGAAGCCUGUCCUGAAAGCCCUCAAGGUAGAGGACAAGGAGAAGGAACUUGAGAAGAUGAAGCAGGAACUGGGGGAGGAGAGUACCCGCGUGGCCAAGGAGAAGGGGCCGGUUCACACGGCAGACAAGGACGAGGACGAAGAGAACAACCCCAGGCUGGCUAAUUCGUCCCCCUCCCCCUUGGAGGACCAGGGCUCUGCCCGCGUAAGUUUGGGCCGCGAGGCCAGCAGGUGCGAAGAGGACGAGAAGCCCGACAGGGCCUGGGAGAGCAGACCCUCCCGGGAGUCCAGCGACACUCCCCCGACAAAGAGGAACAACUGGAUCUUUAUUGAUGAGGAGCAAGCCUUUGGGGGCCGAGGGCAGGCCCGGGGCCGUGGCCGCGGCUUCCGAGAGUUCACCUUCCGUGGGCGGCCUGCAGGCGGCGGCCCCAGCCUCUGCGGUGGGGGGGUGCUCGGAGCACGGGGCAUCUACGGCGGCGGCCAGAGGAGCGGCCGUGGCCGGGGCCUGCGGGACUUCGGCCAGCCCGAAGACUUCCCCAGGGCCAAGCCGCGGCGGCGCAUCGCCAGUGAGACCCACAGCGAGGGCUCCGAGUACGAAGAGCUUCCCAAGCGGCGGCGGCAGCGAGGCUCGGAGAACGGGAGUGAAGCCUCGCUCCUGGAGCGGGAGGGCAGCGCCCUGAGGAAGGGUGACUUCAGGGACUCCUGGCGCUCCAACAAGGUGUGCUCCGAGGACCCGAGCGGCCUGGAGGCCAAGAACCGAGGCCCUCGCGCCUUUGGCCGGGCGCUCCCUCCCCGGCUGAGCAGCUGUGGCUACGGGCGGAGAACCUUCGUGUCCAAAGAGGCUGCCCACUGGCAGAACAAGAGCCCGGGUGCCUCCUGGCAGGAGUACAGCUCUGCGGACGCGUGCGGGCCCCGGCGACCUGCAGAGAGAGACUGUGUCCCUGACGCCUACAGACAUUCUGACUCGUUUGGUGCCAGGGCCUUCGAGGACAGCCGCCUGGAGGACAAGAGGCCCUUCUUCUCCGACGACCACGCGGCCGACGUGGAAGGCACAGAGAAUCGGCCCUUCCGGAGAAGGCGUCCCCCGCGCCAGGACAAGCCGCCGCGGUUCCGCCGCCUCCGGCAGGAGCGGGAAUCUCUGGGCCUCUGGGGGCCCGAGGAGGAGCCCCACAUGCUGGCAGGGCCAUGGCAGGGCCGGCCCAAGCUCUGCCCCGGGGACAAGAGCGGGUCCCCCGAGCUCUCGUACCAGAACUCGUCCGAUCACGCCAACGAGGAGUGGGAGACGGCCUCCGAGAGCAGUGACUUCAGCGAGAGGCGGGAACGGCGCGAGGGCCCCGGGGCUGAGCCUGACCCCCAGGCGGACGGCAGCCUCCCCGGGGCUGCUGUGGGCGAGAAGAAGGAGCUGGCCAAGAGGAGCUUCUCCAGCCAGAGGCCCCUGGCUGACAGGCAGAGCCGAAAGCUGGAGCCGGGGGGGUUUGGGGAGAAGUCCAUUAGGCCAGGUGGUGGUGACACUUCUCCCCGUUAUGAGAGCCAACAGAAUGGGACGCCUUUGAAAGCCAAAAGGUCCCCAGAGGAGGCCUUGCCUGGAGGUCUUGGUUGCAGUGGUGCGAGCAGCCACUAUGCGUUGGAGCGGGCAGCCCAUGCCACUUCUGAUGUCCCCGAAGCCCCCUGUGAGAAGGCAGAGAAGGAGGCCAAGCUGGCUGCUCAGAGGGCGGGUGAACAGGGAGAGACCAUGAAACAGUUUGACCUGAACUAUGGAAAUUCCAUCAUUGAAAACUGCGGGUCCAGCCCUGGUGAGGAGAGUGAGGUGGGCCCCAUGGCCGGUGAGGGCUUCAUCGAGGUCCUAACCAAGAAGCAGCGCCGUCUGCUGGAGGAAGAGAGGAGGAAGAAGGAGCAGGCUGUGCAGAUGCCUGUCAAGGGGCGCGGUCUUUCCUCCCGUAUUCCUCCUCGGUUUGCUAAAAAGCAGAGCAACUUGUGCCUGGAGCAGAGCGACGUGACCGUGCCCGGCAGUAGCCUGGGCACCGAGAUUUGGGAGAGCAGCAGCCAAGCCCUCCCUGUUCAGACCCCAACCAACGACUCCUGGACAAAAGCCGCCACUGCCUUCAACAGCGCCGAGCCCGGCUCUGCCGAGCAGGGUUUUAAGAGCAGCCAGGGGGACAGCGGCGUUGACCUGAGCGCUGAGUCUCGGGAGUCGUCUGCGACCUCCUCCCAGCGCAGCUCCCCAUAUGGCACUCUGAAACCGGAGGACAUGAACGGGCCCGGCCUGGAGCCCAAGGCUGACAGCCACAAGGAGCAGGCUCAGAAGCAGCCGGAGCCGAAGGAUGCAGAACAAGGCUCAGGACAGAGCAAGGAGCACAGACCAGGACCCAUCGGCAAUGAGCGUUCUCUGAAAAAUAGAAAGGGCUCAGAGGGGGCCGAGCGGCUGCAGGGGGCCGUCAUCCCGCCUGUUAACGGAGUAGAGAUUCACGUGGACUCUGUGCUGCCGGUGCCGCCCAUUGAAUUUGGAGUUAAUCCAAAAGACUCUGAUUUCAGCUUGCCACCUGGUUCUGCCUCUGGUCCUGCGGGGAAUCCGGUUGUUAAACUUCAGGAUGCCCUGGCCAGUAACGCGGGCUUAACUCAGAGUAUUCCCAUCCUCCGUCGCGACCAUCACAUCCAGAGGGCCAUCGGCCUCUCCCAGAUGUCCUUCCCCACCGCUGACCUCACCCUCAAGAUGGAGUCUGCACGCAAGGCUUGGGAAAACUCACCCAGUUUGCCAGAGCAGAGCUCUCCUGGAGGUGCAGGCUCAGGCAUCCAGCCCCCGUCGUCUGUGGGAGCCUCCAACGGGGUCAACUACAGCUCCUUUGGUGGCGUGUCCAUGCCGCCCAUGCCUGUGGCCUCUGUCGCGCCUUCGGCUUCUCUUCCAGGUAUGCCGCUCCCCGGCCCGAACCAGCUUGACGGGUCGCCUCCCUCGUUCUCAAGAGAGACUUGGAUUGCUGGAGUGUGCAGAAGUAGGAGCAGCCACCUGCCGCCUCUCUACCUGGACGGCCACGUGUUCGCAAGUCAGCCCCGGCUGGUUCCCCAAAGCAUACCUCAGCAGCAGAGUUACCAGCAGGCUGCCGCUGCCCAGCAGAUCCCACUUUCCCUCCACACGUCUCUGCAGGCUCCAGCCCAGCUGGGACUGAGGGGCGGGCUGCCCGCCUCCCAGGCUCAGGAGAUCUUCAGCUCCUUACAGCCCUUCAGAUCUCAGGUGUACAUGCAUCCCAGCCUGUCACCGCCCAGCACCGUGAUCCUGUCAGGAGGCACAGCCUUGAAGCCUCCGUACUCGGCGUUCCCAGGCAUGCAGCCCUUAGAGAUGGUGAAGCCCCAGUCCGGCUCCCCCUACCAGCCCAUGAGUGGAAACCAAGCCCUGGUCUAUGAGGGCCAGCUGGGUCAGGCUGCUGGCCUGGGCGCCUCCCAGUUGUUGGACUCCCAGCUCCCACAGCAGCUGACGAUGCCGCUGCCUGGCUCCCAGCUGCCUUUGCCGCGGUACGGCUCCGGGCAGCAGCCGCUGAUUCUGCCACAGUCCAUCCAGCUGCCGCAGGGGCAGAGCCUCUCUGUCGGGGCCCCCCGAAGAGUCCUCCCACCCGGCUCCCAGCCUUCGGUCCUCAACACCAGCAGAGAGUCCUCUCAGAUGGAGAUGAAGGGCUUCCACUUUGCCGACAGUAAACACAAUGUCCCUUCGGGAGCCUCCGUGCCGUCACCGCAGACUUACAGGCCUAGCUCUGCUAGCCCCAGUGGGAAGCCCUCUGGAUCAGCAGUUAACAUGGGCUCUGUGCAGGGACACUACGUUCAACAGGCCAAACAACGAGUGGAUGAAAAACCCAGCCUGGGAGCCGUGAAACUGCAGGAGGCCCCCUCAGCGGCCUCCCAGAUGAAGCGAACCGGAGCAAUCAAGCCUCGGGCAGUCAAAGUGGAGGAGAGCAAGGCCUGAAGGUGCUUGGCCACACCUCGCCCCCCCCUUGAGGACAGGGCCGCUGGGCCUGGACACAGCCAGACGCUCGGACAUCUCGGACAUCUCACCAGAUCCACCGUCCAACCACCUGGCCCAGACUGAGAGACCUCCCUUCCCUUGUUCACUCCCGAAAGCUCCUUUGUCCGACCAGCUUGCCCCCGUGGAUAUGUGGCAUUGACCUCGCUUUACUACGAAGCAAACAAGCAAGCAAAUGACCCCCGUCCCCACGACGUCCCCGCCUCCUGUCCACAGUGACCGUGGAGUGACUCAAGCCUUUGUGCAGUACCGAUGAUCCCGCCCCUCCCCACCCAGCCCCAGCCCUCCCCGCUCCCCAGCCAGGCGCUUUCUCGCGGCGCUCCCCCCACCCUUCCCGGCCCCAGUCACAGUGGUUUGGCAGCAGGGCCAUUUUAGUUCGAGGCUUUUUGUUUUAAAAAGCAGCGAAAGUUUUUACAAAGGAGAAAGGAAAAGAAAACAAAAACAGAAGCUAUGUGUGCAUAGCUGAACUUUUCUACGUUCUUUGCCAUCCUCUCCCUCACCCCUCCUCUGUCCCAGUACCACACUUCCCCCUCCUGGGGCCACUGGGCCUUCCCUGUGAUUCCUGAACACAGGCCUCUUGGGCGGACAUCCCCCAUGCUCUCAGUGGGCUGACCGGUGCCGGUGCUCGCAGAAAACGUGGAGGGCACGCAGGUGGGCAGCUCCUUGCGAGCAGUGAGGUGGAGGGGCAGGUUAGGUUGGGGUGUCAGUUGGGUUCCAGCCCCUGAUCUGAUGGUCAACCGCGGGAGCUUAGGGGCAGCCCAGCGAAGCCAGUGGCAGUUUUAGCAUAAUCAUGACACAAUUUCUGUCCUGGACUCUUCUAAAGCCAGUGGACAUCCCGACCGCAGGGCAGCUGAGGUAAAUCACGCAGACACGGAGUCCCCGGGGUUUCCCGGUGCGGCCUGGACGCUGUGAGCUGACAGCACUGCAGGCCCCAGUGUCACCCCUGCCCCUGGGCUCCGGCACCUGGGGGCCGCUCUUUGACCCGCACACCCUUCCUUGAAGCCUUCCAUAACAUGCCCUCCUCUUCCUCUGAGCCUGUCUCUUUCUUGUCUGGAUCCUCCUGUCCCGCCACCUUCCGCACAGCUCGCCACUGGAAACCGGGAGGCGCCUUCACGUGGGGACAGGUGCGUGGACGGCUGUCAGGCGGGGUCCGCAGCAGAGGCAUGUGGCCCUCGAGGCUGCUGCAAGAGCUUCCUUUUUCUCCUUUUCUUUGCUCCCCCCGCAGACCCAGGUGGGGCAGAGGGCCCGAGCUAGGCAGUGUCCGUCUUCCCAGAUGGCUGGGGCAGGGUCCAAGGGGAGGACAGCUGACGGUCUGACCGGUCCACCGCGGCCACGGGCAGCCUCGGAAAAAAGCCUCUUAGGCGUGUAGCGGUGGCCCUGGCAGAACGUUCGUGUGAGCCAUUUUGUGCUGGGUUUUUGUCGUUUCUUUUUAAAAUAAGUCCUAGAACGAAAUCAUCCCCGAUUUAGUCAUUCCGAGGAGAGGGGAAGGGAAAUGCCAGGUUUCGCAUGUGCUCUUCAGAGUAACCGGCCCGCCACCUACUUGCACGAGUUCUGCCACCGCCCCCGGUGGCUCCAGGGAGGACCUGGCUCCGGGGGCAAGCAGGAGGUGAGUGGGGUGAGCCCCGCAGCGCCCACCCUCGGGGCCGCCGCACGCGUGUCUAGCGUAGAACCAGGUAGAGAGCAGCGCCUCGGGGAUGGCGCUCGUAGCUUCUCGGGGCCCUUCCCCGCUUUGCCCCGCCGGCGAGCGUGCCGGGCGGCCGCAGGGGCCUCCGGAAAGGGUCGGUUUUCCUGACAGAUGUGCUAGUGCUUUCUGUGCAGCUUUGUGUUCCCCUUCCUGCCUCCGCCCUCAGACCGUGCCGCUCACCAGCUGGUCCUCUUCAUGCCCGAAUCUUGAUGCUGAGGUCCCUUCAAGGGCCGCUCGCUUUGCGGGUGGCUCGCACUCGCCUGCCCUGUGUGCUCAUCUGCGCUUUCUCUUCCCUGCGAGUGUGUGACUGCUGUUGUCCCUGUGACCAGCUGCCCUGCCCGCCGCUCCCCUCUGCCGCCACCUGCCUCCCUUGCCCGGCUGCCCCUGCAGGAGCCACACGUGUUCACCGCUGCCCGUACGCUCAGAAUCACGGCCAGGCCCGCACACCUAAUUCCGGUGCACAUUGUAUGUCAAAAGGAAAAAAAGGUUUUCUCGUGUUGAAAUUCAACAGAACCGCCCCGGAUGCUGUUCCAAACUCAAGGUGUACCCUUCAGGUGAACCUGCCGUCCGCGUGACAGUACUUCCUGUUUGAGAAAAAAUAAAAACAAAAGGUCACCUGUUCGCCAGCCCUUUUCUCUACCCCUGUAUUUUCUCUCUUUCCCCCUCCCCAAUAAAAACAGAAAACACUAGAA